ACCAUUCCGGGUGGCCGGAUUGGCCGAGCAGAUUCAUUUAAAAAAUCAAGAAUCAGGGACUACAGGCCAUGCAUGUGGAACGAGUUCUUCGCCGAGAAGGAAGACGUCGUCGUGGACGAGCACCGAAUGUUUCGAGUCUACCGCACUAAAAAACCCGAGAAACCAGGCCCCAUAUUGUUGUUAUUGCACGGAGGGGGCUAUUCGGCGCUUACUUGGGCGCACUUUUGUUCGGAAGUGACAAGCAUGAUACACUGUCAGUGUCUGUGCGUCGACCUUCGAGGACACGGUGACAGCAAAGUGGAUGACGAGGACGACUUGUCGGCAGACACGCUAUCACAGGACAUUGGUGAUCUAAUCACAAAACUCUAUCCCGAGGAAGUACCACAAAUCUAUGUGGUUGGUCACUCGAUGGGCGGAGCCAUUGCUGUGCAUUUUGCUCAUAUGGCAUUAGUGCCGACUCUGAUUGGCAUCACCGUAAUCGAUGUCGUUGAGGGCACAGCUAUGGAAGCUUUGGCUAGCAUGCAAAGCUUUCUGCGCUCGCGUCCUAAGUAUUUUCAGAGUAUACCGAAUGCCAUUGAGUGGUGCAUUCGGAGCGGACAGGUGAGGAAUGUGGACAGUGCCAAAGUCUCAAUGCCUGGACAGAUAAUUAACUGUACAACGAAUAAAUUGGCAACGAAUGAUCUUCCCCUGCCAGAGGAGGUGCUAGAGGAAGCGCAUCACACGAGCAUGUUUCCCAAUGCAUUUAGCAUUUCUGAAGAUGAAGAGGUAGGCAAUGCCGGGGAAGAAGGAGCUGAAAGCGUUGACUUCAAGAAGCCCAUGACAACUAAAGCUGCAACAGAUGCGGCCAAGAACUACACCUGGCGUAUCGAUCUGGCUAAAUCGGAAAAGUAUUGGGUCGGCUGGUUUUCGGGUCUCAGCGACAAGUUCCUUAAUUUACGAAUACCUAAACAAUUGCUCCUGGCCAGCAUUGAUGGCCUUGAUCGCACACUUACCGUUGGACAAAUGCAGGGGCGCUUCCAAAUGCAAGUGUUGGCACGCUGUGGUCACGCCGUACACGAGGACCGUCCACACGAGGUUGCUGAGGUCAUCAGCGGCUAUUUGAUACGCAAUCGCUUUGCUGAGGCCGCCGGCGAGUUUCGAUGCCACAUGCCCUCCUGUUAAUCCUCAAUCUUGUACAAUUGUAGCACAAAAUGUCUAUUUUUAAAUGGAGCAUUACAGACGUGUAUACAUAUAUACAUAUAUAUAUAAACUUACGCACGGAAGCAUAAGGAAUAGGAACARGAAAUACUCUAGGCGUAUUAUCUAUAUAUAUUACCAUAUACUCCAAUAAUUUAUUCGAUUACU